AUUUUAUUUUUACAAUUUUGUCAAUUCUUACCCAUAAAAACGGUGAAGAGAAUCAAUCAGAAAGUCACUGUUACCACGGAAACAAAAGCGCACAGCAGUUGACCGUCAACCCUAUAAAGUAUUUCAGAGAUCAUCAUGACGCCUGUCGUCUGUCUGAGAGUGUCGUUUGAAACGAACUUUACACGGAUGAUGGUGGUUGAUGGAGACGUGAGCAGUGAGUGCUGCAUGUCAGUAUGAAGAGAUGCUCUCCAUUCACUCUCUGUAUUUCAGCGAAAUAACAUCAGGUUUGAUUAAGAUUGCGGAUAUCAAUGUGCUGGAUCUGGUUUAGCGUCAGUGGCGUUCCCCACUCGAUCUCUACCCACCCGAGAGAGAGAGAGAGAGAGAGGAUGAGUCACCCUGUCUCAGAUCAGCAUUUACAGUCAAGUCACCAAACACACAACCUGUCAGAUAUGUGAGAAAAUGAAGAGACCACAGAAACAUUGAGCUACUGUAAAUAGAUAGACGUAACAUCGUGUGUAUGUCGAAGUCAGAAAUAAACCAAGGCCACCAGAACUGCCUCAGAAAUUUAGAAAGUCUCAGAAUUUUAGAUUACAGUAAUAGGACAUAAACAGACGACACAAAUAUUAGAAUGAAAUGAAAUGAAAAAGCUUUUAUGCAGUAGCUCUCAGUUGUGUUUCAGUCUCGGGUGUUUCUCCCUCAAACACAUGGAGGUGUAAAUGAAUGUAGAUCGUAGAGGUGAAAUCAUCUGGAUUUGAGUCAAUUUGAUGUGAAAUGUUUGAGUUCAUAUUGACUUUUGAUUGCAGAUUUGAUCAAUCUGAGCUGGGUUCUUUUCCUCAGUGUCGUGUCUCGUGCUCUGCAGCAUCUGUUUUGUGUUUUAUGAAUGAAUGCUGGGAGUGGCCGUGAUGUCAAUGCUCGCAGUGAACACCUCACACCCCCAGAUGCUGGAAAAGCCUUCGCGACCCCCCACCCACGUAUCCCACUCGCUCGUGCAUCAAUCCGCAUGCGCUCGAACGCCCCCGCCGCACCUGUCACAGAAGAACCAGCUCCAGCCAGCUUGCUGACGCCAGAAGACCCCCUCCCUCUCUCCCCCUCUCCAGCUCUCUCCUUCUCCCUCUUUUCCCACCUCUCAAAGACGGGCAUGAAUAAUCCAUGCCACAUAAAGAACUGCAGCAGUAAGGGACGUCAACGCAAGCUGGCUCGCGCACGUACGCACGCCCUCAGGCGCUCGCGUGUAUCGUGUGCGGGUCUCGCGGAUGGAGGCAGAGCGGCGUGCGUAGCGUCCUUCCUCGAGCAUCUCGACGCGUCGCGGACUUCUCUUUUACCCCUCGUGCUGCAGGAGCUGAAGUCGGCAUGUUCUGCUUUUGCCUGCAGAGCUCUCUGUUGAAGCUCCAGGCUCUGGAAGGAGACACCAGCCCAUCCUCAGAUCCAUCUCCAGAAGACAGUCCGCCCACCCUGGGCUUCAAAGAGGAGAGCCAGCAUCCUCCGUGCAACGGCGUCGGAGAGGAGAAACGCCUUCUGGAUGUCAGACUGGCGGCUGGAGAGUGUAGCAGUGAUCUCCAGCAGAGGCCAGGUCCCAGCCGACUCAUCCAGCACAUCACAGACGACAACAGCCCCCUGCCCUCCCCCCGAUGCUCCAGCUUCAGUCACAGUCAACGCUUCAACACGGACCCUGAAUCUGCCCCGUCUCCGCCCUGCACACAGCAUCUCAUCAUGGCUCGUGGGCUUGUGAGAACGGAGGCUCCUGGAGGUGACGUGACCUCCAUCCCACUCCUCAGCAAACACAUUCAGACUCUCAAGAGAAAAGUAAGAAGGUUUGAGGAGCGCUUUGAGCAAGACAUGAACUAUAAGCCUUCACAUAACGAUAAAUCGGCCAAUCCUGAGAUUUUCAAGCUCAUGAGUGAAUUGGCCAGAUCUCGCAAGCAACUCAAAGAUUUAAAGCUGAAACAAUCAUUUGAGGAAACCCACAGACAAGACGACAGCAAGACCAGCGACAUCUGCAGACACCCGAACGGCCAUCAGGAUCCGUCAGAGCAGCAGCACGAGCCCUCUCUGGAGGAGACGGUGGAGACGCUCCUGAAUCGACUGCGUGAGAAGCGUCAGUCCCUCGGCCUGCCGGACAACAUGAAGGAGAUGACCCAAAGACAGAUGGCUCUGGAGAAGAUCACGCUGCAAAAAUGUCUGCUGUAUUUUGAGAGCUUACACGGUCGACCUGGUACAAAGCAAGAAAGAAAUCUGGUGAAACCACUCUACGACAGAUACCAGAUGGUGAAGCAUCUUCUGUGUGCCACACCCACCAUCACCACCAUAGAAGAAGAGGAGGGGUCAGAUGAAGACUCGGUGCGGUACACCCCCCCGCCUGUGUGUUUUCCAGAGAAGACGUGCCGUGGGGGGGAGGAGGGAGACAGUGACACAGCAUUCGUGUCCCCUCUGGAUGAGAUCAAGACCGUGAGACAUUCCACCGUGACCAUGUCCAACCUACACGAGGCCUCCAGGUCUGAGUUGCUGGAGUGUUUGCGUGAGACCCGAGCCGAGAAGAAGAGACGGCGUAAAGCCAUCCGUGAGUUUGAGGAGCAGUUCUUCAGACAGAUGGGAAGAAGCGCACAAAAAGAUGACCGAAUCCCCAUGGCGGAGGAAUACCAGGAGUACAAGAGUCUGAAAGCCAAAUUACGCUUACUGGAGGUGUUGCUCAGCAAACAGGAGACCACAUAGAGUCCUUCUCUGCCUUUCUGUAUUCAACUUCACGUUUGGACCAAACGGAGUCGUGCAUUUGACAUAUUUGUGCCAUAACGAUGCUGAAAUGCACUUUAAUGUUAUUUACCUAGUCUUGGACUCGAAGCCUUCGAUUAUUAUCACACAAACACAGCGUUCAAUUUCUGUGCAGUGUACAGAUGGAUAUAAACCUCACUCGUAUUUUAAAGGGCAAGAGGAAACAGAGUAUUCAGCUAUGUUAAUGAAAUAUGGCACUUUAUUUUUGGAGGAGAUUUUUUUAACCAAAGUCUAAAUCAUAUGCAAUUCUCACAGUUCCUCGCUCGUGCGUGAUGCUAGUUUACGAUUGGAAUUAGGAACGCGGCGACAGUAUACACACUACCGAGGGUCCGUGAUUCUCAGAGACUGCCAAAUAAUGCAAGGCUCUCGACAGAAAUCGACUCCGAGCACUUAAAACCACCGUAUGCAAGUUUCUGCGCUUUUCCCAAACGUAUAAAUACAGCAACCGCCAUUGUAUGCAGUGUAGAACCGGACGCAAGUUAAAGCUGCAGUCUGUAACUUUUGCCUCUCUGUCGCCAUCUCUGUUUGAAACGUGAAACUGCGGCUAUUGAAGUCUCGAGGGAAAUCGUACCGAACAGGUCGACGUAGAAAUCAUUAUUAUAAACUUACUGUUGAAUCAUAGUAAGGCAAAGAAAGAGGUUUUUUUCGUACUCAUUUAUUAGUAACAAAAAAGGUUACAGAUUGCAGCUUUAAUUGCGUUGGUGUGAAAUAUACACAGAAUACUAAUCUGUAUUCUAGCAAAGAUAUGAAGAAAGCUAAAGACUGUAUUUUUGCAAAGAUGGCUAUCCUAAAAGAGAAGAAUAUUAUCUGUUGAGUUUAAAGUUGCUCUCACAAACAAACAGUGACAUGAAGGCAGUUAAAA